GCUUUUAAAUCAUGAUAAUGUCAUAAUUUAAUGGCGAGGUCGGGAGAAAACGUCAUUGUGACAGAAUGGCAGUAAAUCUAGAAAGUCAGUUACAAUUUUUGUUAAGUACUUAUUUCUGUAUUUAUUUUAUAAAAAUGGAACAUCGUGUAUUUGGUAAAUCGUAAAAACAGAGUACAGAGAAUGUGUCGUGAACAGUUUCUUCCAGUGCUGAUAAAAGGAAGUAAAUCUUAUUAAAAAGAAGUGUAUUAUAAAAUUUCGGCCCGCCGUUAAAGUGAACGGUUGCGAAAACUGUACGUGUCGUGUUUGCAAAUGCAUUGUUAGUUUUACAUAGGGUUCUUGACCGUAAUACGGUACGGAUGUAAUGGAGGAUUAUAAAUUUCUCUUUAAAGUUGUGCUCGUAGGAAAUGCGGGUGUCGGCAAGACUUGUCUUGUGCGAAGAUUUACCCAGGGAUUAUUUCCUCCAGGUCAGGGUGCAACAAUAGGUGUUGAUUUCAUGAUAAAGACUGUGGAAGUAGAAAAUGAGAAAGUUAAGCUUCAAAUCUGGGAUACUGCUGGCCAAGAAAGAUUUCGUUCAAUAACCCAAAGCUACUAUAGGUCAGCUCAUGCUUUGAUUUUAGUUUAUGAUAUUUCCUGUCAACCUACAUUUGACUGUUUACCAGAUUGGUUAAGAGAAAUUGAAGAAUAUGCAAGUAAUAAAGUUCUUAGGAUAUUAGUAGGUAAUAAAAUUGAUCGGGAAGAUAGAGAAAUACCAACACAUGUAGGAGAAGAUUUUGCACAAAGACAUGGAAUGUACUUUUUAGAAACUUCUGCUAAAGAAGCAGAAAAUGUAGAACGAUUAUUUAUGGAAAUAGCAGCUGAACUUAUGGAGCAAGCACGUAGUAAGGAAUUACCUAGAUAUGAAACAAAUACAACCUCAAUAAAUGGAAAAACAACAUCAAUCGGUGAUACAAGUAAUUGUGGUUGCAGCCGACUUUCUUAAGUAGUUUUUAUAUCUAUUAUUAAGUCAUCCAAAAAAAUGCAUAAUUUCAGUUGCUAAAUAUGUAUGUAGAACACUAUCAUACAAUUUUUAUAGAGUAUGAGGAUUGAAUGCAAUAUUAGGCGAUCUUCUACAA